GUCGCGGCGCGAAGAUGCUCAAAGUCACCGUGCCCUCCUGCUCCUCCUCGUCCUGCUCUUCGGUCGCCGCCGGUGCGGCCCCGGGGGCCGGGAGCCUCGUCCCGGAUUACUGGAUCGACGGCUCCAACCGGGAUGCGCUGAGCGAUUUCUUCGAGGUGGAGUCGGAGCUGGGACGGGGUGCUACAUCCAUUGUGUACAGAUGCAAACAGAAGGGGACCCAGAAGCCUUAUGCUCUCAAAGUGUUAAAGAAAACAGUGGACAAGAAAAUCGUAAGAACUGAGAUAGGAGUUCUGCUUCGCCUCUCACAUCCAAACAUUAUAAAACUUAAGGAAAUAUUUGAAACCCCUACAGAAAUCAGUCUGGUCCUAGAACUCGUCACAGGAGGAGAGCUAUUUGACAGGAUUGUGGAGAAGGGGUAUUACAGUGAGCGAGACGCUGCAGAUGCUGUUAAACAAAUCCUGGAGGCCGUUGCUUACUUACAUGAAAAUGGGAUCGUCCAUCGUGACCUCAAGCCAGAGAAUCUUCUGUAUGCCACCCCAGCCCCAGAUGCACCACUUAAAAUCGCUGAUUUUGGACUCUCUAAAAUCGUGGAACAUCAAGUGCUCAUGAAGACAGUGUGUGGAACCCCAGGGUACUGUGCACCUGAAAUUCUUAGAGGGUGUGCCUAUGGACCUGAGGUGGACAUGUGGUCUGUAGGAAUAAUCACCUACAUCUUACUUUGUGGGUUUGAACCAUUCUAUGAUGAAAGAGGUGAUCAGUUCAUGUUCAGGAGAAUUCUGAAUUGUGAAUAUUACUUUAUCUCCCCCUGGUGGGAUGAAGUAUCUCUAAAUGCCAAGGACUUGGUCAGGAAAUUAAUUGUUUUGGAUCCUAAGAAGCGGCUGACUACCUUUCAAGCUCUCCAACAUCCAUGGGUGACCGGUAAAGCAGCCAACUUUGUACACAUGGAUACUGCUCAGAAGAAGCUCCAGGAGUUCAAUGCUCGGCGCAAGCUGAAGGCAGCAGUAAAGGCAGUAGUGGCCUCCUCCCGCCUGGGAAGUGCGAGCAGCAGUCAUAGCAGCGUUCAAGAGAGUCAUAAAUCCGGUGGAGAGCCAUCGCCAACCCAAGAGGGCAAUGAGGACAUCAGAGCUAUUCCACAAGAAGACAGCAUCCAAGGAGACAGGGCCAGCAUGACCACUGAGAGCACAGCGGCUGAGCUGAUAGAGGAGGUGGAAGAUGCGGAUACAAAUGUGGAAGAGGCCCCCAAGACGGUGUCCGGGGCACUGGAGGGUGGUGUAAAGGUGGCCGAUUUGGCCAGAGAGAAGGGCCUAGUGGAGAAGCUGAGGCCGAUGGAGGAAGCAGCAGACCCCGAAGAAGAACAAGAAAUCCCUGAUGUGGGACUCGGACUUUCACAGCAAGACGUGAUCCUGCCGGAGCACUAAGUCUGCGUCCUUCGGAUCUGGAGGCCCAACUCCAGCACUGUAUGUACUUUGUCUUUCAGCAAGGAAGGUGUGGAAGCAUGAUAAGCACUAUAAUGAUUCUGUUUUUGAGGUGAAAAAAAAAAAAAUA